AUGAACUCUGGCGAUAAACCAUCAAGUCGACGUCGGGGCGUUCGACUGUAUCACAAAAAGUCGCGCCAUGGGUGUGUGCGAUGCAAAGCACGGCGAGUCAAAUGCGAUGAAGAGAAGCCAGCCUGCGGCGGUUGCACUCGCCAUGCAGUGCCGUGUGUGUACAACACACCGACAGUGGUUGGACGACAAGGCCAGAAUAGGGCAAAAAGCGAUCAAGACAGCGAGAUGUCGUCCCAGCAGGACAGUCCAGACCAAGGCAACGGCCAGACAGCAGAGGAGAUGGAGGACGAGGAAAUGCUGGACGUGCCGGAAAGCGAGAGCAAACGACUGCUCGAGCUGCGACUGCUGCAGAAUUACCUGACGGACGUGAUUGUGGACGGCGAGUCCGGAUGGGGGUUCACCUCGGCGCCGAAGAUGGCGCUGCAGCCGGGCAACGAGCAAAAGAACAUGCUGUAUGCGAUGCUCUGUCUCUCGGCGAUGCAUCUUGACAUGAAGGAGCCCGGGAACCGCCAGAUGGCGGCGGCGCGGCAGACGUACCUGGGGCUGGCGCUGCGCGAGCACCGCAAGGCCGUCGCGCAACUGAGUGCGGAGAACACGCUGUCGGUGUGCUACACGUCGCUGCUGCUGCUGUCGAUCGCGUUCUGCGGGCUGCGCGAGCGCCCACUGGAGCCGUACUCGUACUCGCCGCCGCUGGAAUGGCUGCAGAUGGGCAGCCGGGUAAUCCGGGUGUUCGAGGUGAUCAUGGAGGGCAACCGGGACUUUGACAUCAAGCAGUUGGGCCAGGUGUUUGACAGCCCGGGAUGGCUGGCCGACAUCAGCAAGCUUUACGUUGAGGAGAACCGCCGGGACUUUGUGCAUCUCCUGCAGCCGGAUCCCCUCGAGACGCAGUGGCGCGACGAGCUGGCCGACCCGGAGAUCCGGCUGUCGUACGAGGAGACGCUGAGCUACAUUGGCAGCGUGAACAUCGCCAUCCAGACGAAGCAGGCCGUGCGGGAUAUCUACCGCCAGCUGCUCGCGUUUGCCGUCCUGGUCCCGCACCGGUUCGUCGACCUCCUCGCCGAGCAGAGACCCCGCGCCCUGGCCAUCCUGGCCCAUUUCUUCGCGCUGGUCACCCACGUCGACCAGGUCUGGUUUGUCGGGGGGAUCGGCCGGCGAGAGCUCCUCGCCAUCCAAAAGAGCAUGCCUCUCCGCUGGCAGGCCGAGUUGCGCUGGCCUUUGUCGGUGGCAGGGCUGUCGGAUGCUCUUAAAUAA